AUGUUUCAAGUUUUCUGCGAAUCGGAUCCCCUUAAAACGUUUUUGGACAAACUAGGGGAGUCUCAAGCGGAUUUCGAGUGGAUUCAGCAUGCAGUACGAGGCAUUCGGGAUGGGCAUGUGACAAAAAGAGACAUUUUAACGUACGAGGAUGACUCGGAUAGUGUCGAAGACGAGGAAGAAGACGAAAAAUUGACGAGUUUUAUUGAGACAGGCGAUCAAUGGUACGAGAAAUUCCGCGAAAACGAGUGUCGGGCAUCGAAAAAGAAGGAAUAUUGUCACGAAAAGGAGGCAAGAGAGCAAAAAUUAUGGGAAGCGGUUCAUUUGGACAAAGCUUUUGAACCGAAAAAGUUCCCAAAACCAAUAAUUCCAAUGAAAUUUGACGAAAAUGAGGAAGAUGAAUACGAUUUGGAGUCAUUUCACCAAAGGCAUAACGAUGAUUUGAGGACUUUGAGACGAAAUACUCUCAUAGAAGGCGUAAAAACGGAAAAAACAUCGAAAAACGAACAAGAAAUGGCAGCAAAUGCAACAAAUUAUGAAGAUUCAGAGGAAAUUUUGGAAGAAAAACGUCGUUCCAUCAAUCCAUCGAACGAAAUAAAGCUAAAAAUUAGCAAUAAACUCAUGCACAGAGGCAUGGGCCCAUCAUUACCGAGCUAUGGGUACAGCGACGGACAAGUUUUAGUGUAUCGCGAACCCGAAAAAGACCCAAAAUCGAGUUUGAAAGAAGAAAAACCUGACGAUACAUUCGUUUUUCCAUACAAAGAACGCGAUUUACCGAAUUAUAAUCUCUUUAAACGCGCACAAGACGAUGAAAAGACAGAAAAUUGGUCUGAAAGUGAUUACCCUGAAUACGAAAAUGAUCCAAAAGAUGAAGAAACGAAGUUUGGAAGACAUUUGUUGUCGGUUUCAGACAAAAAUGAGGACCAUCGACAUCAUCACAAACAUCAAAAAGGUCAUAAAUUGUCGAAAAAGUUGGAAAAAGAGUUCGAUUAUGACAAAGAAGCGAAAGAACUUCACGUUUUUGGACCAAAAGUCGCUUCGAAUAUGAAAUGUGAAGCAAAACAUGACAACGAAAAGAACGAAUUUCAACAUAAAAGUGAGAAAAUCUCAUUAAAAGAGCCAAUUUUUGAUGAUUUACAAAAAAAUAUUGAUAAAAACGAUACAAAUAUUGACUCAACAUCACCUUUUGUAAACAUUAAAGUCGAUUUCAACUCAAAUUCAUCAAUUUUACCGAAGAACUCAACAUUUGCUAAAAUAGAAAUUGCACUUUCCAAGUCGCGUAGGAGCUUGAAGCCCGAAAAUGAUCAAUUUUCAAUCAAAAAUGCCAUGAAACAUUUAAUUGAGAACGUUCACAAGUCCCUCGAUGACGAUCCAGAACUCAAAAAUUGGAUUUCUCCUCACUUGAUGAGUCGUUAUGAUGCGUUACAUGCUGACGAUGAGUCCUCCAAAGGCGAUAAAAAUGAAAAAUUCAACGAUUUUCGUGAUAAAAAUGUGAAGGAACUGAGUUCAAAGAUCGAACGUUUAAUAGAAAAGGAGCUUAUUACAAAAAACUUGUAA